AUGUUGUCGACGAGGUGGAGGACGAAGGAGGCGAACGCGCGCGCCGCGACGAGUUAUGAGCAGGCGGGCGCAAAAAACCGAACGCGACGCGCAGCCGCCGUCCGUCGGUCGGUCGAUCGUCCGUCGUCGGCCGCAGUGUGUCGCCGUCGCGGCGUCGCACCGUCGCGGACGGCGUUCGGGCCGCGGGUCUGUCGUCCUGUACGUGCCGGGGACGUGGGAGUUCGCGUGCGCCCGACGGAGAGUAGGCGACGACCCGCCAGAGACGCAGGCGGCAACGCCGUUCGUUCGUUUUUUGUGCGAUCAAUGCGCUGGGUGGACGGACAGAGGGACGGACGGCUGGCCCUCGUCGAGACUGACCAACCGACCGGGUGCACCCAUCCACUCGGCCGGCCAUCAUGUCCAGCUCUCCUCAACAUACCGGGACAUACCGGUAACCCGCGGCGAGUGUACCAUCUACCCAUGCUCCACCCAAGUUCACACGAAAAAGCAAAUGACGUUUGUGUGAACUGA